AUGGAGCAUGAUGGAAGCGAGGUGAUUUGUUUGGAAUCCUUAGCAAGGAAGCUCAGGAGAGAGGGAACUCAGCAGCAGUCCGGGAAUCUGGGACUCCGAAACCCUUUGGCAGGCAGCAUCUGUCCGGCGGCAUCUCCCCCACGCAUUCUGGAUUCAGGCUUCCGCAGCAAGCAGCCAGGACAGCCGGCUGCACUGACUCCCUCCCCGCCUGCAGGUGUGAAGACCCCUCUGUGGAGGAAGGAGGUGGAGGAGCCCGAGGCCAGGGAGGAGGAGCUGGAGGGCAAGUCGUCGUCGUCGUCGUCUUCCUCGUCUUCGUCGGAGGUGGAGAGGCCGGACCCUGAGAGCACGGCGGAGGUCGAGGAGGAUGGCGAUGCCAGGGAGCGAGAGGCCCGCUCGGUGUCCUACAGCCCUCUGCGCCAGGAGCCGAGCAGCCAGCAGGUGGCGCUGCUGCGCCGCUCGGACAGCAGCUUCUGGGGCUGGCUCAGCCCGUUCGCGCUUCUGGGUGGCCUUGGGGCCCCCGCGGACAGGAAGCGUGGUGCCCCGGAAGAACCGUGCGUGUUGGAGACGCGGCGGCGUCCACCGCGCCGCGGGGGCUGUGCGCGCUGCGAGAUCCUUUUCUGCAAGAAAUGCAAGAGCCUGCAUAGCCACCCAGCUUACAUUGAGCACUGUAUUCUGGAGCACCCUGACCCGGGUAAGGGAGAGGCCGCAAGGAGCUCUGAGAGCAUCCACUCUCAGCCUCUGGGUCCGCAAAGCUCCAAACUCUUCUAUCUCUAGUGCGUUUCACAGAACUGUCCUUUCAAGCCGCCGUCCUUAGCUCCUCCUUCCGGUGAGAAGGUCCACUGUCGGUUCACGGUCUCACCUGUUGUCUAGCUGAACUACAGCAGGCCCUGCUCUCCAGACUGUAUCCAGCACCUACAACCCUCCUGAUCCACGCCUCCGAUACAGCCUCACCGACAUCUUUUUAGGUCCUUCUGGCCAGGUGAACAGAUGCAUUGCUUGAAGAAAAACAGCUUCGGGGUUGCCUCUUUCCCUCUAACCCCUCAAUAAAGUCUCCAAUUAGAGUCACCUGAA